UCGCGACAUAGUUUGUAUGGGAGCGCAGAACGAUAUCCACGUAACAUAAACACCGGGAAUGGGUCCUCAAGUAAUAUGAACUGGGGAUUUUAAAACAACGGCGUAAAAAUCACCGCAGUCGACAGAUUGAACCGUCGCAGAAUUCCAUGCAUGUUUUAGAAUGAAACAAGAAGUAGGCUAGCCUGCCGUACGCUCUAUAAAAGUGGAUUGCACUACAGGAAAGACGCUGCAAGGCACACCGGACAGUCUGUAUCAUUCCCGAGAACCGAGCUGGAGCCGUGUUUACAGGAUUGAGCACUCCUUGGAAAACAUUUGGUAAAUGUGAAAGGAUGACCUGUUAUUGAAAUUGACGGAGAAACUGAUUUCGAGUAUUUUUGUGCUUUGGUUCAUAUUGAAUUUGAACGGUCUCUGUUUUGCUUUUUAUACAAGGCCAACAGACUCACUGAACACCGUGGGGAAUUUAUCUUUCUUAUUUUGAUCUUGCAAAAGUUCGUGCUGUGGAAAUAUUCAAGAAUAUUAACCGGCGCGUGACACGGGGAGGAACAUGUCGAAGAACGCAGUUGUAACACACAUUUUAUUCUAACGUGGUGUUAAUGAAUUUCUUAGAAUUUACAGUUAGUUUCGGACAGCGUGUGGGGAUCUACUCAGCGAUCUGAUUCACAAGCCCAUCUCAAACCACUGCAUUUGUCCACUGGCGAGAUCCACGGCUUUACUUCUUUUUUGUGUUGCUUGUUUUGUCGUCACCCCUCAACCUGCUGAGUUCUGUGGAUAUCAUCGUGUCAUACCUCCACGUAAAAAUGGUAGCUACUUAACUGGAAACAUCAAGGGUACUUCUUCUAUUUGAACAUAUUUAUUCUGUCGCGACCCAAACACUUUAAACGUUUUUCGUCUCUCGUUGAGGAAUAUUUUUUCGAUUUCAUUUUUUGUACGACGCAUAAUGUAUGAAAGUGUGGAUGUGGUGGGACUGAAUCCCAGUCCUAAUCCAUUUUUAAUGAUGGAUUACUAUAACCAGAACAGAGGAUGUUUGAUCCAGGAGAAGGGACUCGUGUCCGGAGCGCCCCAUCCCUACAGCUCCUCCAUCAGAAACCAGCACUGGAACGGCUCAAAUCACUCCAUAGAAACGCAGAGCACCAGUUCGGAGGAGAUCGUGCCCAGCCCGCCCUCGCCACCUCCUCCCCCUCGGGUCUACAAGCCCUGCUUCGUGUGCCAGGACAAGUCCUCGGGGUACCACUAUGGUGUCAGCGCCUGCGAAGGGUGCAAGGGCUUCUUCCGGAGGAGCAUCCAGAAGAACAUGGUGUAUACCUGCCACCGAGAGAAGAACUGCAUUAUCAACAAGGUCACUCGCAACCGCUGCCAGUACUGCCGGCUGCAGAAGUGCCUGGAAGUGGGAAUGUCCAAGGAGUCAGUGCGAAAUGACCGCAACAAGAAGAAGAAGGAUGAGAAGAAGCAGGAGUGUACAGAGAGCUACGUGCUUAACCCCGCCACAGAGCAGAUGAUUGAAAGGGUCCGAAAGGCCCACCAGGACACCUUCCCCUCUCUCUGUCAACUGGGCAAAUACACUACAAACAACAGCUCAGACCAGCGCGUGUCCCUGGACGUAGACCUCUGGGACAAGUUCAGCGAGCUCUCUACCAAGUGUAUCAUCAAGACGGUGGAGUUCGCUAAGCAACUCCCUGGCUUCACCACGCUCACCAUCGCCGACCAGAUCACCCUGCUCAAGGCUGCCUGCCUGGACAUCCUGAUUCUGCGAAUCUGCACACGCUACACGCCCGAGCAGGACACCAUGACCUUCUCAGAUGGCCUGACGCUCAACCGCACCCAGAUGCACAACGCAGGCUUCGGGCCACUCACCGACCUGGUCUUUGCCUUCGCCAACCAGCUGUUGCCCCUGGAGAUGGACGAUGCAGAAACCGGGCUGCUUAGCGCCAUCUGUCUGCUGUGUGGAGACCGGCAGGACCUGGAACAGUCGGACAAGGUGGACAUACUGCAGGAGCCCCUGCUGGAGGCGCUGAAGAUCUAUGUGAGGAAACGGCGGCCGCACAAACCGCACAUGUUCCCUAAGAUGCUGAUGAAGAUCACAGACCUGAGGAGCAUUAGCGCCAAGGGAGCGGAGCGUGUCAUCACCCUGAAGAUGGAGAUCCCAGGCUCCAUGCCGCCGCUCAUCCAAGAGAUGCUGGAGAACUCGGAAGGCAUGGAGAGCCAGGCGGCGGCGGGGGCGCGGGCCAGCGGGGCACCCCCUGGGAGCUGCAGCCCCAGCCUGUCGCCCAGCUCCGCCCAAAGCAGUCCGGCCACGCAGUCGCCGUAGCAGCGCCACCCCCUUACCCCCCCGCCCCCCGACCCUGCCCGCCCCGGACAGCGCCGUCCCCAGGAAGCGCCGCUAUGCUCCUGACACAGACACCGCGGUCCCCACAAAGCUCUCAGAGGCAAGGCCAAGAAUGAAGAGGUCUGCUCUGGAGCAUCUCUUCUCAAAAACAGUGCAGUAACACUGGUGACUUUCUGCUCCCUCCCACCCCUCUCCCCUCAACCAUCCUCGAGACUUUGAUAAGCAACUGGAGUUGUCCCAGGCCAAGACGUGGAGACUGUUUACACGGCAGGGGCUGGCAGAAAGGGGACAGAUGGACAGACAGCUCAACAGACAGGCAGGCGGACAGAUACAGGACACUGGUCGUCUUCUGAGGCCAACUCUGGCCAGGACUGA